UUGAAGGAAAGGUCGUUAAACUUCAAAGUUUUUGAGACAGAGAGGGAAGGAGAGGGGAUGAGAGGAGAAGGAGAAGGAGAAGGAGAAGAGGAGCGGGCAUCCUUUACGCUUUUCCUUGGGAUAGAUGCUUUCUGCAAGCUAAUAUUCGUAAUCCACAGAAAUUUCUCACGUUUCCUGCACUUCAUUCAAUACCAGGUUCUUCUUUCUUUGUUUUUUGUCCCUCUUCCAUUCGCUUCUUGGGUUUAGGAUAAAUAGAUAGAUAGGUAGAUAGAUUUCUUCUUUGAAGGUCCUGAGGAAGCACAUUUUCAAUGAUUUCCCAAUUUGAAGGAAAUUAAAUGAAUUAUAUCAUAUGAUUAGCAAAUUGAGAAUAGUUUGGGCUUGCUUCAUCGAUCUCUUCGCAUGCAUGUAUGCAUGCACGCACAAGGGGAAAUAAGAAGAAGGAUCUUGUUUAUUACCGUCAUAAAAUCUCAUAAAUAUUUUGUGAAAACCCAUGCGAUUUGAGAGGAACCCGACAAUCCGUUAGGAAAAGGGGGGGAGAAAAUAAAGCUAUAUAUAAUCAUAAGGAUAAUGUCGAAUUCGGUGGAGAAUCCGCCGCCGGGUUCUUCAUCGAACGAGUCUUUUCCUUUGCAAGCUGACACAAAUUCCACCCUCAGUUUAGGCCCUUCACCUUCAGCUACUGAUGGUAAAGAAUCAGCGGCACUCGUUGAUGUCACAGCUACACCACCGCCUAAUUCUACUAUUGUUGAUUCCCCACAAACACCAGAACCAUCUUCACCCCCACCCACCUCGAAAUCUCCUCCUCCUCCUCCUCCUUCACCACCACCACCACCUCCCAAGUCCAACCAUUCUCCACCUCCCAGCCCACCAUUAGUCUCAAAUUCAACUAAAUCAAAUUCGUCACCACCACUUAAAAUAUCUCCGCCACCAAACUCACCACCUCCAUCACCUAAUCCUCCUCCUACCCCUGCCAAGAAAGAGUCAUCCUCUUCAGCCGUUCCAUCCCCUCCUCCUCCUGCUACAUCACCUCCCCCUGCUGGUAAAUUUGUCCCGCCGCCUCUCUCUGGAGAUGUACAACAAUCUCCUCCUCCUCCAGCAGAAUUCAAACCCUCUUUGUCUCCCCCCAUUUCAAAUGUGUCACCCAAUAGCAAUCCGUCAAAUUCCGGGCGCGUUCCAACAGACUCUAGAUUUCAUAGUCCUCCCGUUCCAGGAGCCUCACCAUCGGACCACCCAUCAUCGACUUCCACUAAUGCAACAAAUCACAAUGUGCCCAGGACUCCACCAGCACCAGGAAAUGAAAGUAACGAAGCUGAAGGCAAGACAAUCAUAGCUGCGGCUGUUGGGGCUGCAGUCACAGGUUUGUUUCUUCUAACACUAGUUGCGGCAAUCUUUUUAGUUGUGAAGAGCAGAAAAAAACGGGUGGCCAAUGCUUCUGGCCAUUACAUGCCUCCCAAAAGUUUUACUUUGAAAACAGAUGGAUAUCAUUACGGACAGCAACAACAAUCUGUGCGUCUCACUGGACCUGGAAGUCCCUCUUAUCAUUUGCAAUCUGCACCCUCCGAAAGCCACGGAAGUCAAAGAGGGAAUAUGUACAAUGGAGGGGGCCCUGAUUCAGAUGUUAUUGGCACCGGUAAGACCUUUUUCAGCUACCAUGAGCUGAUGGAAAUAACAGAUGGAUUUGCUCGUCAAAAUAUUAUCGGUGAGGGUGGGUUUGGAUGUGUUUACAAGGGGUGCAUGGCAGAUGGGAAGGUAGUGGCUGUCAAACAACUAAAGGCCGGUAGUGGACAGGGUGAUCGGGAAUUUAAGGCUGAAGUUGAAAUUAUCAGUCGUGUCCAUCAUCGACAUUUGGUCUCUUUGGUGGGAUAUUGCAUCUCUGACAAUCAGCGCUUGCUCAUCUACGAAUUUGUUCCAAAUAAGACUCUUGAGCAUCAUUUGCAUGGAAAAGAAUUGCCUGUGUUGGAUUGGCCUAAAAGACUCAAAAUUGCCAUAGGAUCUGCAAAGGGCUUGGCAUAUUUACAUGAAGAUUGUCAUCCGAAAAUUAUUCACAGAGACAUUAAGUCGGCGAACAUUCUGUUGGAUGAUGCUUUCGAAGCGCAGGUUGCAGACUUUGGGCUUGCCAGACUAAAUGACACUACUCAGACCCAUGUGUCAACUCGAGUAAUGGGGACAUUUGGGUACUUGGCACCUGAGUAUGCGUCAAGUGGAAAGCUAACAGAUAGGUCUGAUGUAUUUUCAUUUGGAGUUGUGCUUCUAGAACUGAUAACCGGGCGCAAACCAGUUGAUGCAAGUCAGCCUCUGGGGGAUGAAAGCUUGGUUGAAUGGGCUCGUCCACUCCUAAUUCAUGCACUUGAAACCGGUGAACUUGGUGAGCUGGUUGAUACACGACUUGAAAAGCAUUACGUGGAGAGUGAAUUGUUCAGAAUGGUUGAGACAGCCGCUGCUUGUGUUCGCCAUUUGGCUCCAAAGCGACCGCGCAUGAUGCAGGUGGUGAGAGCAUUAGAUAGUGGAGGUGAAUUGUCGGAUCUCAGUAAUGGUGUGAAAUUUGGUCAGAGCACUGCAUAUGAUUCAGGCCAGUACAAUCAAGAGAUUAGUAAUUUCCGGAGGAUGGCUCUUGUCAGUAAUGGAAGCUCAGAAUUUGACACUUUCAGUGGAGAUUACUCUGCUAGAGACACAUCCCGGGAACAACCAACUUCAGGUGAUUACACAAGUAGCGAUUCAGAAACUCGAGCCAUGAACCGAACUGGCAGUUAUGUUGGCCACCGGUUUAGAUAAAGGUGACAUGGCCAAACAGUAGAUCUUCUUAAGAUAAUCUUUGUUUAGCACCACAGAAGGUUUAUAUCUCAAAGAACUUGCAGCUUAUUUCGACAGACUUAAUUAGCGUCGAGUUUUUUUCCCUACUCCUGUGAAAUUUGACUGCAAUGUUUAGCUACCUUAGAGGUGCAGUGAACUUUCAAGGACAGCUUGUAAAGUUCAUCUUACUCGAAGCUUGUGUAUUCACUAAUGGGGUGUUACUCAAAUGAGCACCCAUGUCUGACUGAUACCAGAACAAGAUGGAAAAAAGUUUUGUUGCAUUGCAUAUAUAUUUGCAAGAAACUUUUGCUUAUGAUGUAAAUUUGAACAUAUUUUAACCUAAGCUACCCUUUUCU